AUGAGUUUGGAGGAUAUGGCGGAUUUCAAACUGGAGACAGAACCGUUUGGGGUUAGCGAAGUACCGUCCCCUCCCACUAAGGAUGUCAGUGUGCCUAAAUCAUCCGGUACGGACUUUGUCAAGAAGCUUUUUCAAAUGUUGGAGGAGAAUUCUUACAGUGACAUUGUGAGAUGGUCCGAUACUGGUGACUCGUUCAUUAUUGCCGAUACAAACGAAUUUACCAAACAGGUUCUACCAAAGCAUUUUAAACACAGUAACUUCGCUUCUUUUGUUCGCCAGUUGAAUAAAUACGAUUUCCACAAGGUCAAGAUAAGUAACGAGCUCAAGCAGAGAUACAGCAUUGAGAAUGUGUGGGAGUUUAAACAUCCCGAGUUCCAAAGAAACAACAGAGACGCUCUCGAGAACAUCAAAAGAAAAGUGACCACCAAAAAAGACGGAGAUGUGUCAAACGCUUCUUCAAACACAGUUUCAAUUUCGCAGUUUCGGAAUUUACAGGACAAUUUCGGGUUUCUUGAGAAGCAGAACCAGUCGCUUACCGAGACCGUGCAGAAGCUGCACGAUGACCUCAACAUAUUGAACACAAAGUACAACACCAUGGUUUCGAGUUUCCUCACCUCCAAGUCUAUAAACGAGUCGUAUUCCAGGUCGAUCAGUAUCAUUGCCAAGUCGUUGAGUCAAAUAGGAGUUGACCUGCCUCCUUUGAACCUCCCCUUUGCCGACCAACAAUCUCAGACACAGAACCCUCAUGCCAACGGACCUGUUCAAACGUCCGUUGAGCCAGCCCAGGAUUCUCAUCAGUUCAUCUCCCCUCCAGAAGCAUCCAAAGUGCCACAACCGCAGCAACAACAGCCACAACAAGACAACAGAAUUGUCCGAAGGCCACCGGGAUCCGGUAUGCAUGUUCUUCUGGUGGAGGACGACGAUGUUUGUAUCCAACUGUGCAGCAAGUUCCUCAUGAAGUACGGAUGCACAGUGGAGGUUGUCACUGACGGACUGGCUGCGAUCAACGUGCUCGAAAAAGUGAAGUUCGACCUCGUUUUGAUGGACAUUGUCAUGCCCAACCUCGAUGGAGCAUCUGCCACCUCUGUGAUCAGAUCCUUUGAUAUGGACACUCCAAUUAUCGCCAUGACAGGAAACUAUCAGCACCAGGACCUGGUGACGUACCUGAACCAUGGAAUGACAGACAUUCUUGCCAAACCGUUCACCAAACAUGAUCUCUACAUGAUUUUAGAGAAACACCAGAUUGAUAAAAAGUUAAUUUAUCCGGUCAGUGAUCCAUUCAAUCCGAUGAACAAGACCGGCAAUUCUCAGGAAACGCCCGGCCAGCAACAAGUGGUUGGAUCCAUGUCGCUGGAAAACGACUCCCUUCAGCAGAAACUCGACUCUGAGUUCCAAAACUCGCUUAAGAGACAAAAGCUAGCAUAG